AUGUCCCGGCAGUCUGUCUGCAGAAGCUUUGGGGGAGGGAGCAGAAGGGGCUACAGCUCUUGCUCUGCCAUCGGCGGUGGCUUUGGAGGAGGUGGUGGCAGAAGCAGGAGCAGCUACAGCUCGUUCUCUAUGUCCAGGGGAUAUGGAGGUGGUGGACGUUGUGGAGGCUUUGGCAGCAGGAGCCUCCAUAACAUGGGGAGCAGCGGAAGGAUUGCCAUAGGUGGAUGCUACAGCGGUGGAGGUUAUGGAGGCAGAAUGGGUGGCUUUGGUGGAGGCUACGGAGGACUAGGCAGCUACGGAGGAGGAAUGGGCUUUGGUGGAGGAAUGGGUGGUGGUGGUGGAAUGGGCGGCUUCGGUGGAGGGAUGGGUGGCUAUGGUGGAGGAAUGGGAGGUGGAGGAAUGGGUGGCUAUGGUGGCCCAAGCUUUGGCUUUGGUGGCCCUGGUAGAGGUGGCCCUGGCAUUCAGCCCGUGCAGGUCGACACAACCCUGCUACAGCCAGUCCAUGUUGAGAUCGACCCCCAGAUCCAGCAAGUGAAGAACCAGGAGAAGGAGCAGAUCAAGACUCUUAACAAUCAGUUUGCCUCCUUCAUUGACAAGGUGCGCUUCCUGGAGCAGCAGAACAAGGUUCUCUCCACCAAGUGGGAGCUCCUGCAGCAGCAAGGGCCUUCAGGACCCAGGAAGAACCUGGAUGUCAUCUUUGAGAACUACAUCCAGAACCUGAGGCGGCAGCUGGACUCCAUUCUGGCACAGAGGGGACAGCUGGAAUCCGAGCUGCAGAACAUGCAGCAAUACGUUGAGGAUUACAAAAACAAGUAUGAGGAAGAGAUCAACAGGCGCACAACAGCUGAGAACGAGUUUGUGGUGCUCAAGAAGGAUGUGGACACCGCCUACAUGACCAAGGUGGAGUUGGAGGCCAAGGUGGGAGCUCUGACUGAUGAGAUCAACUUCUUGAGGGCCAUCUAUGAGGAGGAACUGUCUCAGAUGCAGACAAUCAGCAGGGACUUGUCUGUGGUGGUGUCGAUGGACAACAACCGGCACCUGGACAUGGACAGCAUCAUUGAGGAGGUCAGACGGCAGUACGAGCAGAUUGCCCAGAACAGCAGAGCUGAAGCUGAGGCUUGGUACCAGAGCCAGUAUGAGGAGCUGCAGAGCACUGCUGGAAGGCACGGGGACAGCCUGCGCAACACCAAGAUCGAGAUCCAGGAGCUGACCAGGAAUGUCCAGCGGCUGCGGGCUGAGAUUGAGAACGUGAAGAAGCAGGUAGGGAUGUGUGGUCAGCUCCAGGCAGCUAUUGCUGAGGCCGAGGAGAGGGGUGAGAUGGCCUUGAAGGAUGCCAGGGUGAAAUUGGAAGAGCUGGAAACUGCUCUGAGCAAGGACAAGGAGGAGCUGGCUCGCCUGCUGAAGGAAUACCAGGAGCUGCUGAACAUCAAGAUUGCCCUGGAUGUGGAGAUUGCCAUGUACAGGAAGCUGCUGGAGGGAGAGGAGAACAGGCUGUGCAAUGAUGGAAUGUCAAACGUCAAUAUCUCUGUGAUAGGCAGGACCACCAUCUCUGGAGGAAGAGGAGGAAUGGGAGGAGUGUGUGGCUCAGGAGGAGGCUUUGGAGGUGGAAGCUCUGGCGGCAGCUGUGGAAUGGGAGGAGGAAUGUACAGCGGAGGCUUCUCCUCUGGAAGUGGAAGGAUUUGCGGCUCUGGGGGUGGCAACUUCAGCUCCGGUGGGGGAUCCUCCUCCAUACGGAGAUGCGUCACAACCACCUCCGUCAAGUCUUCAGGAGUGAGGUUCUGAGCCCUGAAGGCCGACUGAGAAAGAAACAAAGCAUGUCCUCCCUUCCCCCGGCAGCAGCGCAGCCUCCUUAAAUCCACCUCCGGUAGCCCACCGUGAAACAAACUGUGUCCCUCAUGGCCAGCAUGAGCCAGCUGGUCUACCUGGCUUGUUCCCAGCAUGGGAGCCUGGUGGCCGGGACACACUGCUCCACAGCCUCCUACUCAGUGAAGAAAUAGCAGCCCGAGCAAAGUCUCACACGUGGAUACCCCGUACGGAGAGCUGAUUUCAAGGAGGAACCGCUCUGCCUUCCUUGCUGCAUUGUACAUUUCUGGCUGCCCUGUGGCAAACGUGUAUAAAACCACUCUUUCUUCCUCUGUCCUGAUGGCCGUAGCCCUGGGGUGCUUCUGCAUGCAGUACAUCCUGUUGCUUCCAUUCACUUGUGUCGUGGCUUGUGGCACGUGAGG